GAACCAGGAAAUCAUGAAUGAAAAUGGCUUGAUACAGACUUUCGGAACAGACAACAGCGCAACAGCAGAGAAUUUUGACUGUCUGCGUCAUCAGUAUGACAAUAUUGCAUUCGUUUGCGAAGAACCCAACUGUAGCUCAACUGACGCCCCAGAUCCCAUAGCAACUGGAAAAUGUAUCAGCAGAGAAAGUAGCCUCGCGGUGAAUCCGUCUGCUGAGGAAGAUGUACCUGACAACCAAAGGGCAGCUAAUGAAAUCUUAACUGGUAACAAGCAGAACUCAGACCGUGUCUUAUUUACCACUCAAGUUGCAUUUCAUGAUACCUUGCAAAUAUAUACAGACAAAGGUAUGAUCAGACGUCGACACCAGAGCGAUGGCGUUUCUGCAGCAUUCAGGAAACAGUCCAUCGAUGCCUGCAGCACCACCAGCAUCAUCACCUCCAUGACAAAUGUCUCCACAGAUGAUUCUUCUGAGUGUGGAGGCUACCGAACCCUAAUCUAUUCAAGACAUGAGGCAGUUGCCCUGAAAGACUUCCACAGUGAGGCCAGAGCUUUGAUGGAUGUGUACAGCUACUUGAAGAACAUGGCGCUUCUCUUGGAUGUGGAUAAACCCAGCGUGGAAGACAUCGUGGACGCUUGCCUUCUGAGGGCGCUGGAAGAUGUCAGGAAUAAAGACAUUUACGACCUAGCCAGAUCUGCCCUCUUCACUCAUGAUUUAGUUCACCAACUUAGCCACACGGUGCAAGGUACAAGUAUCACAGAAGACGGGGCUUUUGACUACGAUCACAACUGGAUUUGUGCAAUGUGUACAAUUCCUGGUUUAACUUCACGGAGAGUUUGCAUUGCCAGACUUCUACACCCG